AUGGCAUUCAUCCAGGAUCUGGUGUCGGUUAUUCAACCUUCAAUCGAGUCGCCCUUGGCUAUCUGCGUGACAACGGCAGUGGCUGCCGUGCUGUACGUUCUGGUGUUGGGGUUGUAUCGCAUUACAUUGCAUCCGUUGGCAAAAUUCCCAGGCCCUAAACUCGCUGCUUUUACUCAAUGGUACGAGACUUACUAUGAGUUCUUCAAGUCUCCAGGUGGACAGUAUUUGUUCCACUAUCGGAAAUUGCAUGAGAAGUAUGGCCCAAUUAUCCGCUUAAGUCCAUUCGAAAUCCAUAUCCAGGACUCCUCUUUCUUUGAGGAGAUGUACUCGCAGACAUUACCGUGGGAUAAACCGAAAGAACUUGAACACCGCUUCAACAACGCCAAUGGCUUAUUCCCGACACACAAUCAUGAGGUUCACCGUCAUCGUCGCGCAGCCCUUAAUCCGUAUUUUUCCAAACGCGCAAUCAACAAUGCGUCCCCGAUGAUGCAGGAGCAGAUCACGAAACUCUGCGACCGACUACGACGGGAGUACCAAGGGACUGGGAAGAUCUUUCGCCUUGACUGGAUGAUGGGAUGCAUUGCGUCGGACAUCAUUGUCCGGUAUUGCCUUGAUCGCGGCUAUGAUUUCUUUGAGGCGCCGGAUUUCAAAUCGCCUUUCAUUCAAGCCUUGUUUGACUUGCUGGAUGGGGUUCAUAUGGUUACGCAGUUCCAUGGGUUGCCACCAUCUUCAAUUCGCUCCCACAGGGAAAUGGCCGAUCAGGUUGCGGACAUUCUCUCCAAGAGGGAGAAACGGAAUGGCUCCGAGCAGACGAAUGUUUUCAAUGCAUUGCUCGACUCCGAUCUGCCGCCGGAAGAGCUCAGUUUGACCCGCCUACAACAGGAGGCUAUCACAGUUAUCGGAGCAGGCUUCGAUACAACAAGAUAUGCGCUGUCCGUGGCCAGCUUCCACAUCAUAAACACACCAAACAUCUACCAGCGCCUUCGAGAGGAACUCCAAGCCGCGAUACCAGAUCCCAACAACAUGCUAUCGUUAACGGACCUGGAACAGCUUCCUUACUUAACCGCCUGUAUUCAGGAAUGCGUCCGAAUGUCCUAUGGUACAAGCCAGCGUGCGUUCCGCAUUUCUGACCACAUCACCCUCACCUACAAGAACUACGUGAUUCCUCCUGGAACAGUGGUCAGUAUGGACAACUACUCCGUCGCCCAUGACGAAGAAAUAUUCCCCGAAUCGUUCACAUUCAAGCCCGAGCGCUGGCUUGGGGACCCCCUCGCCCCCGAUGGAAAGAAGCUAUCGCGCUACCUUGUAUCCUUCGGUAAAGGUACUCGGUCCUGCCUCGGGGUCAACUUGGCCUAUGCAGAGAUGUACCUCACCCUCGCGAAUGUCUUCCGGAACUUCGACUUCGAGCUGUUUGAGACAGACCGGUCCUCGGUGGAUUGUUACCGCGAUAUGUUCUUACCGCAUGUGAAGCCAGGAUCGCAGGGCGUGCGCGUGAAGAUCAACUAG